AUGGAGGGAUAUGGGAGCUGCAGAGUUGUUAUUGGAAACGAAGCAAGAAUGAUUCCAGAGGAGGAAAGAGUAAUCCCAGAACUCACCCACGAAUGGAAGGCCUAUGUUAAGGCAUCCCCAGAAAUAGUAAAAAGGGUUGAAUUCAAAUUGCAUGACUCAUUUAGCAAUAGGUUGGUGAAUGCAGAAUAUCCAUUCGAAGUUGUAGAAAGAGGAUGGGGAGAGUUUAGCAUUCAAAUUAAGAUUUUUUUGUUUAACGGAGAAAAAAUAAUGACUAGCCAUUUUCUACAACUCCAUGGAGACUCCGAUGUGGUAAUAAGCGAAAGAGUCGAUGAGAUUGUAUUCAAAGGCGAAAGUAGCCCGGAUACUCCCUUGGAUGAGGAAGAGGAAGAAUAUGAGAGGAUAGAAACAAGUAUUUUGGGAAUGCUUGAAAAGUUUAAAGAAAUUAAUGAAUGA